ACACCCUCUGGAGUUUUGUCACACAGGCUGUACUCUGGUAAGUACCAAUCGAAGGGUUCUCCAGCCCAUGAUUUUCCCUGUCUCCGGUCGCCAGCGAUCGCAGACAUUCUAUUAACGACUCUUGGUUUCAUUCACUUUUAUUACAUGGAGUCAUCAGAAGAUGAGUAUGCUGCAUUUGAACAGAAAGUUAGUAGGACAGUGUACUUGGACAACCUAUCACCACAGGUCACUGAAUCUGUGAUUAGAACUGCUCUUGAGCAGUUUUCAACUGUGAAAAGUGUUAAGUUCAUUCCUAACUUAAUUGGACCAAAUAAUCUGCCACAGUGUGCAUUAGUAGAAUUGGAUUCUGCCAAGAAGGCCAAGGAAGUUAUAUCAAUGAUAGGUCAGUAUCCUUUCAUGAUGUCUGGGAUGCCACGGCCUGUAAGGGCUCGUCCUGCUGUAAUGGAGAUGUUUGAUGAUCGGCCAGCAAAGCCUAACAAAAAGCUAAAGUGCUGUUGGUUAGAUCCUAGUGACACUGAUUUUGAGGUGGCAAAGGAAAUAAAGAAUCUUACUCGCAAACAUGCUGCAGAAAUAGCAUUCAUGCACAAACUGCAACUAGAAGAAGAAGAGAAGCUUGCGAAGCAGCAGGAAGACACACUUAAAGGGCAUUACAAAAAGUUUAAGAUGAUAGAGGGUAUUAUGACUGAUAGAACUGCCCAUCGUUUGGCACGCAAGUAUAAUCUGUCUGUUGCAGAUGAUUGAAGGUUUGUGUUGACUAAUAAGUUAUGUAAAUAACUUUUUUUCUGGUUAGGUUUAAGCUCUUUUGUUCCCCUCUGCUGCUAUUGCUACUACUAAUGAAUUUCAAUUCAUACGUGGGAUACAAUAUGCUUUUCGAUCCAUACCUAAGGUCUGUUUUAUUUUGUUUUGUUCUG